UCUCAGUCUCUCUCCUCUUUUCUUCCUUCCUACUUCAGUUCUUCUUUCCAAUCAAGAAGUUUCUUUUAUCAGAAUUAGGUCAUUUUACGGCAUUUAGAAUCCUUGAAAGCUCACCAAGAAAUCAAAAAUGGAGCAAGUCAGAAGAGCAUCGCAUGCUGGCUCCUGGUACACCGAUAAUCUGUUGCUUAGCCCAUUUUCAGCUAAAAAACUGGACGAAGAACUUGAUCGAUGGAUCAAGGCUGCUGCUCUGCCUAAAUGUCCUGAUGUUCGAGGCGUAAUUGCUCCGCAUGCAGGUUAUUCGUAUUCAGGUCGCGCUGCUGCUUAUGCAUUUGGAAAUAUAGACCCAACAAACAUUUCUCGGAUUUUCUUGCUUGGUCCAUCACACCAUUAUUAUACUCCCAAAUGUGCUCUUUCAAAAGCGACAGUUUACAAGACUCCAAUAGGAGACUUGCCUAUUGAUUUGGAAGUCAUUGAGGAACUUAAAGCUACAGGGAAAUUUGAAUUGAUGGAUCUUCGUGUUGAUGAAGCUGAACACAGCAUGGAAAUGCACUUGCCAUAUCUUGCAAAAGUUUUUGAAGGGCAUCAGGUAAAAGUUGUGCCCAUAUUGGUUGGUGCUCUUAAUGCUGAUAAUGAAGCUAUGUACGGACAGUUGUUAGCAAAAUAUGUAGAUGAUCCAUCUAAUUUCUUUUCUGUCUCCUCAGAUUUUUGUCAUUGGGGUUCUCGGUUUAAUUUCAUGCACUAUGACAAGAAAUAUGGAGCUAUACACAAAUCUAUAGAGGCGUUGGACAAGAUGGGUAUGGAUGUAAUAGAAACUGGGGAUCCUGAUGCAUUUAAACAGUAUUUACAGGAGUAUGACAAUACAAUUUGUGGGCGUCAUCCAAUUAGUGUUUUCCUACAUGCAACUGCGUUAAACUGGAUUACUGACAACACCCCCCCACCCCAAUAUUAUUCUGAAUUACUUUCAGAUGUUAAGGAAUUGCUCAACAAAGAUAAAGAUUAAGUUUCUACGGUACGAGCAAUCAAGCCAGUGCAAAACAACGAGGGAUAGCAGUGUCAGUUAUGCAUCUGCAGCAGCAAAGGUGGAUGCUUGAAGCUAUAUUAAUUUGCAUUUCAAAUGUGCUACUGUUGGAAACAAUUAACGAUCUAAACUUUUUUCAAUUGAAUGUAUCAUCUAAUUUGAUCACUCGGCACUUGCAAAAAUCUAUCAUGCUGUCAAUUUCCUGUUUACGGAUGGAAGACCAGUAAUGAAACUCGUUGCCCAA